AUGGUUGACGUUCUGGGUCCUUUGUCAGCUCGUCCGCCGACUCCACCAAGGACUGCGUCUCGUAUGCUGUCUGAGAAAGAUCGGACGGAGGACUCGCCAGUGCCCGUACAAACGCCUAAUGAAUCUCCUGUCCUGCAGAACGACUCGACCUCAACUGGAGCACCUUCCAGCCGCCAGUCGAAGCGCGUGAACUUUUCGCCAUGGCCAAAAUUCAUAAAACCUCCUUCCUUCACGAACCCGAAGUCGAAAGCUCUCCUUCCUUCGAACGAUCUCAAGCCGGUUAGAUCAAUACUCAAAACGACGAACUCGCCCGGCCCUGUUCAUUCGGCUGCUGCUAUCACGUAUACCCCAGAGUCUUUCGCAAUGCUCUUAGAGUCCCUCACCCAGCAAUUGGCUGGAGAGUCGACCAGCUCAAGGAUAGAUGCGUAUAUGCAGUUCUUUGGUGCAUUAAGGGCAUACGAAAAGUUGCCCACAGAAGAAGAAAUUCUGCACAAGAUGAGCCUGAUUGCAGAGUUCAUCCAACGGGAUAUUAGCCGCGAUCUCACAAAGGGCGGUCCACUGGAUACAAACCUUGUCAUCCAAGCACUAAAACUUUCUGUGGUGCUUGUUUGGCAUCCUCAGAUCUCUCCUCAAUUGCCGGAUGAGUUCAAGCUUUUCCUCAUUGAGCACUCGGUCGUCUGUCUCGAGAGUGAAAAUCUUCCCAAGUCCGUUGUGACCCAUUAUCUCACCGUCCUGUCAACGCAGAAGUUCCCAGCACGGAUAAUCACAGCGGCAAGGACGACGCGCAUACUGGGAAUGCUGCAUAGUAUAACGGACAGAGUCAAAGGAAACUCCGUAAUCUCUCAGCGUUUAAUGAUUUACGAGCGACUAUUUGACGUGGCAAAGCCGACAUUCCUUGCCCUAUCGACUUUGUGGAUGGAUCAUCUCAUAUCUGGUUUGCUCCAUCAAAUCAAAAAUGUCCGAUUAAACGCGCUUGAGCUCGGUUUCAACGUGUAUAUGGCGUCUGGUUCGAACUCCACUUUGUCCAAGACACUCCGUGAUAUCUUCGACCGACCACUCGCAAACAACCGGAAGCUGGUCUCCGAGGUCAGCGAGCGUAUGUCAAGGAUGAUGUCGAAUCCAGAAACCGGCGAACACGUUCCUCAAAUCUGGGGUGUCAUCACACUACUUCUUAGAAGCAAGCGGUUCAACAUAGACCAGUGGCAGCACUUCAAAGAAUGGGUUCUCGUUCUUCAGAAAUGCUUCAAUUGCAAUGAUCCUGAAAUCAAGUCAAAAGCCAUUGGUAACUGGAACCGGUUUGUAUUAGUGGCCAAUAUCAGUGACACAACUAGUCGGUCCCUGCUGCGUAUGCUUAGCAAGCCGAUACUCUCUCAGUUUGAAAGAAAGAAGCACGACAAGACAGGCUCCCAGCCCAGCCAACUCGUGAUUGCCAGUUACUACAAUCUGCUAUAUUAUGCCUUUCGACCUGAUGCAUCUCACCAACAACUCGAUAAAGUUUGGGAAGAGUACAUCCUCUCGCCAUCUUCAAAUAUUUUUUCCUUUGUCCCCAGCCUUAGCGACAGGCUUGCGCACGUGCUGUCCAGCAUGCUAUGGAGUUCACACCCUCUCAGGGCUUGGUCGGAUAAUCGCGUCAAUGAACCAAAAAGGAUUGUGCCAGAAGAACUGCCACCCUUGGAUUGCAAAUGGGUUAGGUCAAGGAUUCCGGAUGUGUUGAGGGUGUUCGAGGCUAUCUUGAAGUCGUCAAUUUGGGGCCCGGAGAUGGAGAAGUCCAAUAUUGCUGCAGCGUGGGUUAGUCUAUCCCAUGCCCUGGCGUUUGCAGCCAGUAAAGAGAUUACACCCUCUCCUGAGUCUAUGCAGACAGUGGCCCAUGUUUUGGGGCUUCUCCAGCGGCUAUGGAAUGGAGGACCCUCGUCUCUCAAUGCUGUCGAUGGCGAUUCAAUGGAUACUUUCUUUGAACGCUUUAGAUUUCUGUCAACGACCAUGGUUAGCGCCCUAGGCAGUAUUCCAUUUACGGAGAAACUACUCCUGAAGACGGCGGAUUCAUACCAAGCCGCAACCCCUACACACCGUCAUCCGAAAGCAAAUAAUAAUCCCGACAGCCCUAUAUUGCACUUGCUACGGCUCCUCAUUGAUGUCUCAGGGAUCUCAGGGCCAACGGCUGCUUACUCACGCCUUAUCGGAGAUAUCGUUGAAGCAGCCUGCCAUGGGAAAGUUUCAAGGGGCUCCCGACUCGACAUCUUGAGACAAUGUGCCGAUUUGUACCCUGACGGAAGUGGAUUCCAUGGCGUUGAUAACUUUGCGCAGGUUGUGUGGACAACGACUGCUCAAAUGUCUGCAGAUUGUUUAUGCUCCUCUACUAUGGAAUCAGCUCGCGGACGGGACGGGUCUAUUGCCCGUGAUUAUGACAACGUAAUCAAGAUCCUGUCUUCAGGAUUAAAAUACUCAGACAGUUUCCAAGUCUGGGAUCAGCUUUUGGGCGCGUCUAUUCGUGCCCUUAGGAAUGAGAAGGGAGAUUGUGCAAUCACGCCGACAGUCCUAGUGCCCCUCGUGGGCUUGAUGAUGAAACUCGAUAUCUGCACCGCAUGUUCACCCGCUUCCUCGAUAAUCCAUCAUUGUUCAAUGAUCCCCUUCUCGGAGUAUGAAAAUGCUGCCAACGACAACAACACACCUCCUUUUCCAACCGCAUUAGUUGGAUUGGCCCAUCAGAUUCUCUCCGGAUCUUAUGAACUGCUGAUGCCUUUACAUUCCAAUAGUGCUGCUGUAUUCAUAGAGACUCUCGUCUCUUUCUUAAAUUCAGGAACCUUCGUUUUCAGAUCUGUGCUACUUGAUCAGCUUCAGCAUCCCCUUGGUCUCUUUCUGAAGGAUGAGUCCCGCAAGCUUACUGUCGAGAGUGGCGCUGACAGCCGGAUUCUGACUGCUUGCCACGCGCUAGCAUCAACUGUGCUGAAUAUCUUACAAAUCUUGCCUCGCUAUGCUUCCACUUCUCACAAAUUCGAGCAGAUUAUUUGCUCGGGCUUGGGGUCCUCGCAUAUAUCGACAGCUAACCGAUUCUGGGAAUUUUGGAAGUCUUCCUUUGGCUCCCAGCAGCCUUCAAUGCACCCAGGUAGUAUAUCCCAAGCGGUGCGAAACCUGGAAGCCCGUGCCGGCAGCGAGACACAGGAGUCGAACGUAGAUACCGCCCAGUUGUCACAAAGCAUGAAAGAGGUCGACGGUCCGGGCGAUGUUAAAACUGAUAAUAUUCCGACAGAACGCUCUAUAGUUGCAUCAGAAGAUGCGUCGGUAAAGUCUCGCAUUGCAUUUAUCUUGGAUGCACCGUCCGAGUCGCCGGGCUUUGCUCGCUUUGAACCUCCUGUGAUGGGCUCCGACCUGGGAGCCCCAGCGUUGCAACAGACGGCAGGGUGGGGCCUCCAACAGGAGGCUCAUGUUCAGAAAGCUUGCAGCGAUCCUCCUUUCGAGGACUCGGCUGGGACUGCCAAAGAAGACACCUCCCAUCAUAAGGAGAUGUUCUCCAUGAUCGACAACCUUCGUUCAUCGUCUCCUCCUUUUACCACUCCGAAGGAACUUGGGUUCAUGACACCACCGCAUAUACGUAACCUCAGAAACCGAGAAUCCGGAUCUGAAACACCGCGGACGCCUACAAUACCAGCCGUCUCUGCGGAUAACGAAGACGGAUUCCUUGGUUCGUCUCCGACACCUGCUAUCCGCGGCCGAACAUCGUCGGUUGCCUCCGCAAUCCCUCCAUCGUUUCCUUCCGGCGACUCCAUGGACAUUGAUCCCCCUUCCUCACCACCCGAGCUUCAUUCGCAGAGCGUUGAUUCACGGCAAACAUCUCCUUCCAAGUUAACCAAAGACAGAAAUGCCAAAAACAAAAAGAAAAAUAGGCCCAGGCGAUUAAGGACACCAAGCAAGAAAAAUUCGUAUUCUGUUCCUUUGGAAACCGAGCAAGCUGAACAAAAUGAGGGCGCUCUAGGGCAAAGUAUGAAAAGUCGUCUCCGUUCGGCGACAGAAAAACCCUCAGCAAAGAAUGAAGGCGAAAUUGCUCAACAAGCGCAGGAAUUGCAAGAAGCAGCACAAACCGCGCACGAUGACUUCAUCCAUAAUCCUGCCGCUGAAAUUAAACCUCAGAAUGUCUCUGAGCUGCAACAUGAUCGGAUGGACCCGGGCGUGGACUCAGCUAGUGAGGACACCGAUACGCAGGCCACAUCGCAGCUCGAACAAGAUCUUGUAUACGCCAUGGACCUGAGCAGUGACAAGGCAGAUAGCGAAGCUGCAGCGUACAUGGGAAAAGCCGCCAUCACUCGCAAACGCAAGCGGGAAUUGGAGAACUGGACUUCUCCUGCCAAAGAGGAGCGUCGCCGCUCGUCAAGGAUUUUUGCGGCAACACCAGCUGCCGAAGUCGAAAAAAAUCAACUUCUUUCCAAGAAACAAAAGCUUACAGCUACGCCUCAAGAUACCGGCUUCUCGCCAGCUAACCGAGCCACGAAGAAGCGGAAGCAUGAGACAGUUGAAGUUACAGCCGAAACCCCGAGAAAGGAGCAGAUCAAUAUGGACAAAGAGGCCACUAGAGAACCAGGGUCUCAGAGAUCUCAGAAGCGGCGAUCACACCGUAUUAGUGGUGUACCUGCACCCGAUAUCCCAGAUGAACUUCCUGCCCCGAAGAAGUCUCCGCGGCCCAGUAGUUCGCAGAAGCAGGCGUCGAAGCCGAAGCAGAACAAGAAGCAAACUAACCGCAUGUCGGAGAGACGCCGCUCUCAACGAGCGGGAGCUUCGCAGGACGAAAUCAUUCCGGAAACGGAUAGUUCUAUGGAGAAAUCAGUUGAACAUUCUCAACUUUCUACGACAGACAAUAACUCCGAGCAACAACCGCAACCAACCGAUGCUGCUCAUAGAGACCAACCGGGACCGCAGGCUAGUCAACAAGCAGAAGCGUCUGGGGAAGCCAUAGCCAUUCAAAUAGCGGAAUUCAGAGCAACUGGGUCGGAACGAGCCGCAGUAACAGAUGUCGAGGGUGCAUUUAUCCCAAAAUCUCAAGCGGAGGCCGAGAAGCAAGCUCUCUCCGACUCAAGCCAGCCACACCAGCCGUUGUCCGCACCAGAUCAAUCGACGUCAGAGAGAGCGCCCCAACCAAACCAAGACUUCCAAAUCUCAACCUCCCUCCGCUCCCUCAUCGACCAAGUGAAGUUAUCUUCGCUCGACCGAAACGCUGUCAAAGAGCUGGAUGAACUCCUCUUCGAUCUUCGAGUGGAGAUGCAUGAGGCUUUGCGGCGCCAUCAUGCCAGUGACACCCAUGGCUAAUCCAAGCCAGUGAAACCCAUUCAGUUUACAUUUGCAGGAAAAAAUAAAAGAAAAGGUCCAAAAAAGAAGAAAAAUAAAAAAGAAAGAAACGGGGGAAAAAUGAAGAUUUUGCAUAGCGAUGGCGUUUUUGAGCUAUUUUGUUCUCGGACAAGGACUACUUAGGUAUAUCAGAUCGUAAAGCUUACGUACGUGGUCGGGGCACAUCAGUCAAGUUGACUCAGCUUUACUAGAUUUCAUCAGCCUUGGGUUCUUACUUUGUUGCUUGCCUUUGUCUCUUCUUGCAUGACUGGGUGGCUUGUCUUUUUUCAUGUUAUGCUGUUGUACCCGUAUGUCCUUGAGAUGAGAUUACCUACCUUUUCAUACCCAAGUAGCAGGUCUGAACGUGACGGUAUAGUUCAAGGAUGAGAAUUGCUAGGCAAUAGGU